AAGACUGGGGAGCGUGGAAGUGAUCCUCAGGUUGUGGACGGCUGGGGUGACAGCGAAGCAAGGUGACAGGAAAACAGGCGAGAAGGAAUCCCAAAAAGACUUUGAUUACUGGAGGAUUUCCACACGAACCACGACUGACUCAUUACCACUGGCCCAGACAAUACUCUGACAACAGACGUCUACCACUCCGCUAUUUAACAAGGCUCAAUGAAGAAUGCCAGGCUGCACAGCUCUCUUCCUCUCAGCAUUAACAGUGACUCUCUUCUGUGCUGUAGUCGGUCAGACUAAAUUCACUGUAAGUGCAGAACAGGAGGUCUACCGUGCAGAAGAAAACACUAACGUCACAAUGAUCUGGCUGCUCCAUUUUGACACCAACAGGCCUCCUGACUCCCUGCUAAUAGACCUAAUGAAUGUGAUAAGGACGACACAGAUUUUCUUCUAUAACAGUGAGACUGACACUGAAGUGUACCCAGAUGAGAACUACAGAGGGCGACUAGAUUGUGAUCCACGGCUAGCCAGGAAAGGAAGGCUUGAAUGUCUUUUAACUGAUGUAAGGCUCAACGACACGGGGACAUAUGACCGUAUGAUUGUCCUUAACAGAGAAAGUAGCUACAAAACAUGUGACCUCAAUGUUAAAGCUGCCUUCAAGAAACCUGUGGCAGAGACAUCGACACCAGUGAGGAGAGGGAGGAACGGCCUAUAUGCAGUGCCAGCUUUGUUUAUAGUGGCGAUUUUUGUACUUUUUUUGUAAAUAACUGCUGUGUAUUUAUGCGAAGUAGCAGCCCAUUACAGAUCACUCCUGAGGUCACCUCUGACUGUAAUGAGGCUGCUGACAGUUUUUAAAGUAUUGUCACAAUUCCUCAGAGCUGUACCUCAGAGCAGUGCACACUUACAUCAUCCUUCACUCUCCCAUAUUUAACACAAACUUAUGCACUUUUAUUCCCUAGUUUGUUUGUUUUUUUCAAUGAUUUUUCCAUUAUUUUUACACCCUGACUUGCUGCAUCCCAUGUUGUUAUGUUUAGACUAAAACAUGUGGAAAAGAGAAGUUUAAUCAUCACUUUACCAAAAACACUAUUUAUCCCAAAUCUGAAACAUGUUCGUUCAUCCUCGCUGGAUUGUUAUUCACACCACAAUAUUGUCAUUAUUCACACAAUGUAUUUAUUUUUUAUUGGUACACUGUGUGGCUAGCACAAAUGCUAACCAUAAACUGAAAGUAAAAGGGUAAGCAGCUGCUUUCUUAUAGUUCUUACAGUUUUAAUGCUACCUCAGCUUUAUAGGUUUACAUUUUUGUACUGAAGGAGUUAAAAAUAUAAUUAACUCUGGUGCUAAUGGAGCUCCUUCAGUUUACAUAGAAGUGUUUUUGUAUCAGCUUCUGUUUCCAAACCAUCUUCUUCUAUGGAGCAGUUUAGACUUUAUAAAGGUUUAUGUGCAGCUCUGCUUCAAAGCUCAACAUGGUCAAAAUAGUUUGCCGUUUGUCAUUAAUGCAAACUAGUGUUAUGAAGUUCACCGAUCAGUGUUUAUCCAUCAUUGACCUUAAGAAGAAUGCACUUUGCUCACAGCUGAUGACAAAGACUUGAUUGGAAUCAGUAAUUUGAUGAAUGUUUUUUUUCCCUUGACAUGUUUCUACCUCAUAUUAUCCACUUUACAUUGGUCCAGAGGAGUCGUCCAUUACAGAUUGCCUCUCAGUUAACCUCUUUCUGUAAUGGAAUGUUAAUAUUAACUGGGAUUUCCUGUCCAGAUUUUAAUCAUCCACCAGACACUGUAAUGUCUGCUGGACGUUUUUUUCAAGUUGUUGGUGUGACCAGAGAGGUGCAAUGAGUGAGAUUAAUUACUUAGUGGAAUAUGUUUUACCUCAUGUUUUAUCAAAGGGAGCUUCAUUAAUUCAUAAGAUUAACCAAUAAGAUGCUCUCUCACCUUAUUUGUUUCUGUUAUACUUUCUAAUAACCAGUGUUGGUCAAGUUACUUGAAAAAAGUAAUCAGUAACUAAUUACUGAUUACUUCCCCCCAAAUGGAAUCCCGUUACUUUACUGAUUACUUAUUUUCA